GACAGUCAAGACAAUGGGAAUAGAGCGUGGAUAUCACAAUUACACGCCAAGUUUUCCAAAUGUGCAAAGCAUGGAUCAAGGUUUGUUAACAAAGUGGGUGGUAUAUAUAAAAGCGCGCUUGACGCUGACGGACAGUAUGAAUCACAACUCGAUAGAACAAAGUAUCGAAACAUUCGCAAUGUCUCGCGCUACUUUCAUAUUGCUCGUAGUAGUUGGAGUGUUUCUCAGCACAACUGCUGCUCAACACCAAUGCCCAGAAAAUCAGGAAUGGACGGAUUGCGGAUCAGCAUGUCCACCAUCGUGCAACUCAGACCCUCAUCGAGCCUGCACUAUGCAAUGCGUUAUAGGAUGUCAAUGCAAACCAGGAUUGCUGCUCAGUAAUGGAGGAGAUUGCGUGUCCCCUACACAGUGUUAAAAAUUAAUCGAUAUAUAUAUAUAUAUCUGUUAAAGUGUUGAUCAAAUUCUAUUUUUUGUUUUAAUACUUCGAAAAAAUGUGCAUUAAAAGUGACUAAAAAUAAAAAAAUUGUGAAAA